ACCCAUUUCUUGUAUACAAACAGUGUCAAAAACAUCAAAGAAAAGCAAUGGCUUCUUGGCAUAAGAUGGUAGUGUUGAUCUUCUUGAUGGCAAUGGCAAAAUCAUAUGGUGUUGAAGAUAAAGUGAAGGUCUCAUUAUACUAUGAAUCUUUAUGCCCAUAUUGUGCAAACUUCAUUGUGAAUCAACUGGGUAAAGCUUUGUAUGAAGGAAACCUCGUCUCCAUUGUAGAUCUUAGGAUGAUACCUUGGGGUAAUACUCAAUUUGCUCCUAACAAUGCUUGGAUUUGCCAGCAUGGCCCUGAUGAAUGUUUGAUUGAUAUGGUGGAGGCUUGUGCAAUCGACUUGUUGCCUCACUCGGGACUAUGGUUUGAAAUGAUCAAGUGUAUUGAAGAAUUGAAUUUGCAAGGAAAACAUGGUGAAUGGAAAUCUUGUAUGAAUUCACUCAAAAUUCACCCACAACCCAUCACGGAUUGUUACCAAAGUAGAAAAGGUGUUGAUCUUGAACUAAAAUUUGCUGAUGAGACAAACCAUCUCAACCCUCCUCACAGAUUUGUCCCAUGGCUUCUUGUCAAUGAUAAACCACUUCAAGAGGACUACCAGAAUUUUGUUGCAUACAUCUGCAAUGCAUACAGGGGUCAAAACAAACCGAAAGCUUGUGAGCAACAUGUACUCGAGACAAAUGCUUUCAAAGAGGCAAAUUCCAGCCAUCAUGUUUGCUAUUCUGGUGAAAUCGAGCAAUCCCUUCCAUUCGACUAUAACUUGUAAUGCAUAAUAUUAUAAGUAUCAAUUAGUGGUUUAUAUUUAUAAAUUUUAGUUGUGAAAGAUAAUUAACCAAUUGGAUUUCAAAUGUUAUGGACA